GGGUCGACAUGUCAAAACAGGUCAACUGGCAGCCAUCAAAGUCAUGGAUGUUACCGAGGACGAAGAAGAAGAAAUCAAACUGGAGAUUAAUAUGCUAAAGAAAUAUUCUCAUCAUAGAAAUAUUGCAACUUAUUAUGGUGCUUUCAUUAAGAAAAGUCCUCCAGGACAUGACGACCAACUGUGGCUUGUUAUGGAGUUUUGUGGAGCAGGCUCUAUCACAGACCUUGUGAAGAACACGAAAGGGAAUACUCUGAAAGAAGACUGGAUAGCAUAUAUCUCCAGAGAGAUUCUCCGGGGGUUGGCACAUCUUCAUGCCCACCAUGUGAUUCACAGGGAUAUCAAAGGACAAAAUGUGUUGUUAACUGAGAAUGCAGAAGUGAAACUUGUGGAUUUUGGUGUGAGUGCUCAGCUGGACAGGACAGUUGGCAGGAGAAACACUUUUAUUGGAACUCCGUACUGGAUGGCUCCAGAAGUUAUUGCCUGUGAUGAAAAUCCAGAUGCUACAUAUGAUUACAGAAGUGACCUUUGGUCAUGCGGCAUUACAGCCAUAGAGAUGGCAGAAGGAGCUCCCCCGCUUUGUGACAUGCAUCCCAUGAGGGCACUCUUUCUGAUACCCAGGAACCCUCCCCCACGGUUAAAAUCCAAGAAAUGGUCAAAAAAGUUUUUCAGCUUUAUAGAAGGCUGUCUAGUGAAGAAUUACAUGCAGCGACCUUCUACGGAGCAACUCUUGAAACACCCCUUUAUACGUGACCAACCAAAUGAAAGGCAAGUCCGAAUCCAGCUUAAGGACCAUAUAGACAGGACCAGGAAGAAGAGAGGAGAGAAAGAUGAGACGGAGUAUGAAUAUAGUGGAAGUGAGGAAGAAGAGGAGGAAGUGCCUGAACAAGAAGGAGAGCCAAGUUCCAUUGUCAAUGUGCCUGGAGAAUCAACCCUCCGACGUGAUUUCCUGAGGCUGCAGCAGGAAAACAAGGAACGAUCCGAGGCCCUUCGGAGACAGCAGCUGCUGCAGGAGCAGCAGCUCCGUGAGCAGGAGGAGUACAAGAGGCAGCUGCUGGCAGAGAGGCAGAAGCGCAUCGAGCAGCAGAAGGAGCAAAGGAGGCGGCUGGAAGAGCAACAAAGAAGAGAACGGGAAGCUCGAAGGCAACAAGAGCGUGAGCAAAGGCGGAGAGAACAGGAAGAAAAGAGACGUCUGGAAGAAAUGGAGAGGAGGCGUAAGGAAGAGGAAGAGAGAAGAAGAGCAGAGGAGGAAAAGAGGAGGGUAGAAAGGGAGCAGGAGUAUAUCAGGCGACAGCUAGAAGAGGAGCAGCGGCACUUGGAAAUUCUACAGCAGCAGCUGCUCCAGGAGCAGGCCAUGUUACUGCACGAUCACAGGAGGCAGCAGCAGCAGCAACAGCAGCAGCAGCAGCAACAGCAGCAGCAGCAAGAAAGAAAUAAACAAAGCUAUCAUACCCCUGAGCCAAAACCCCACUAUGAACCUGCUGAAAGAGCGCGUGAGGUGGAGGAGAGAUUUAGAAAAACUAAUCAAGGCUCCCCUGAAGCACAGUCUAAGCAGAUGGGCAAAGUGUUGGAGCCACCAGUGCCUUCCAGAUCAGAGUCCUUUUCCAAUGGAAACUCAGAACCUGCUCAGCCUGCCCUGCAGAGGCCAAUGGAGCCCCAGGUACCUGUGAGAACAACGUCCCGAUCACCAGUCCUGUCCCGCCGUGAUUCUCCACUGCAGGGCAGUGGGCAGCAAAAUAACCAAGCAGGUCAAAGAAACUCCACGAGCAAUAUAGAGCCUCGUCUGCUGUGGGAAAGGGUGGAGAAGCUCGUACCAAGGCCAGGCAGUGGCAGUUCUUCAGGUUCAAGCAACUCAGGCUCACAGCCUGGCUCCCACCCUGGGUCUCAGAGCGGGUCUGGAGAGCGGUUUCGGAUGAGAUCAUCAUCCAAAUCAGAGGGUUCUCCAUCCCAGCGUCAUGAAAGUGCACCUAAAAAGCCUGAAGAGAAGAAGGAAGUCUUCAGACCUAUCAAGCCUGCUGAUUUAACUGCAUUGGCAAAGGAAUUGCGAGCGGUAGAGGAUGUGCGACCUCCACAUAAAGUAACAGAUUAUUCAUCCUCAAGUGAGGAGUCAGGGACGACGGAUGAGGAAGAUGAUGAUAUGGAACAAGAGGGAGCAGAUGAAUCUACUUCUGGACCAGAUGAUGUCCGAGCAGUGUCAACAUUGAACUUGAGCAAUGGUGAAACAGAGUCAGUGAAAACCAUGAUUGUCCAUGACGAUGUGGAGAGUGAACCUGCCUUGACUCCUUCUAAGGAGGGCACCUUAAUUGUCCGACAGAGUACAGUUGACAAAAAGCGUGCCAGCCAUCAUGAGAGCAAUGGCUUUGCCGGUCGCAUUCACCUCUUGCCAGAUCUCUUACAGCAAAGCCAUUCCUCCUCCACUUCCUCCACCUCCUCCUCCCCAUCCUCCAGCCAGCCGACACCCACCAUGUCCCCACAGACACCCCAGGACAAGCUAACUACUAAUGAGACUCAGUCCGCUAGUAACACACUCCAGAAACACAAAUCUUCCUCCUCCUUUACACCUUUUAUAGACCCCAGAUUACUACAGAUUUCUCCAUCUAGUGGGACAACUGUGACUUCUGUGGUAGGAUUUUCUAGUGAAGCAAUGAGAUCGGAGGCAAUAAGGCAAGACCCUACGCGGAAAGGAUCAGUUGUCAACGUGAAUCCCACGAAUACGCGGCCACAGAGCGAUACCCCAGAGAUACGCAAAUACAAGAAGAGAUUCAAUUCUGAGAUACUGUGUGCUGCCUUAUGGGGAGUGAACUUGUUAGUGGGCACUGAAAGUGGUCUGAUGCUGCUAGACAGAAGUGGUCAGGGGAAAGUUUAUCCACUCAUCAAUCGAAGACGAUUCCAGCAAAUGGAUGUACUUGAAGGGCUGAAUGUCUUGGUGACAAUUUCUGGUAAGAAGAACAAGUUGCGAGUUUACUAUUUGUCCUGGUUAAGAAAUAAAAUCCUUCACAACGACCCUGAAGUAGAAAAGAAACAGGGCUGGACAACGGUGGGCGACUUGGAAGGCUGUGUGCACUAUAAAGUUGUAAAAUAUGAAAGAAUCAAGUUCUUGGUAAUUGCAUUGAAGAGUUCUGUGGAAGUCUAUGCAUGGGCACCAAAGCCAUACCAUAAAUUUAUGGCCUUUAAGUCGUUUGGAGAAUUGGUACAUAAGCCAUUACUCGUGGAUCUAACCGUAGAAGAGGGUCAGAGACUAAAAGUGAUCUAUGGCUCCUGCGCUGGCUUCCAUGCUGUUGAUGUGGAUUCAGGAUCGGUCUAUGAUAUUUAUUUACCAACACAUAUCCAGAGCAGUAUCCAACCUCACGCAAUCAUCAUUCUCCCAAACACGGAUGGGAUGGAGCUACUGGUCUGCUACGAGGAUGAAGGAGUUUACGUCAACACGUAUGGAAGGAUCACCAAGGAUGUGGUUCUGCAGUGGGGAGAGAUGCCAACUUCAGUUGCGUACAUCCGAUCCAACCAGAUUAUGGGCUGGGGAGAAAAAGCUAUCGAAAUACGAUCGGUGGAAACUGGACACUUGGACGGUGUGUUCAUGCACAAAAGGGCACAAAGACUCAAGUUCUUAUGCGAACGCAAUGACAAGGUUUUCUUUGCCUCCGUACGGUCGGGUGGAAGCAGUCAAGUCUAUUUCAUGACCCUUGGCAGGACUUCUCUUCUGAGCUGGUAGAAGCAGUGGGAUUUGGCGAGGAAUUGCUGACAUCCAGAGUCUGAGAUCUUCAUAACUCGGAAUUAUUUUCAACUGGAGUACAGACCUGCACUAGUGCAGCACUCUGUGUAAAUGUGUGUGCAGGCAUCACUGGUGUUAGGUUUCUUUUUGUUUUUCAACUGAGGCUGCGACGCAGCUGGUGCUGUAAAGAUAUUGCCAUCAGGUGCUACAAUGUCUUUGAGAUUUGGGAUCAUGCUAGAAAGCUACAGGUCUUCUUUUCCCUUCAGCUCCAGGAUUCCUAGGCUUUGAAGGACUCUGUUUGUUAGUGUUAAAACAGAGGGGGGCGGGAGGGGAAAGGAAAAAAAAAAAACAAACCAAACCAACCCAGAUUUACCGUGAACAUGCUGUUGAGCGGACAGGAGGCAGGCAGGAGAAGGUGAGAAGGGGUGUAGAGAGUCAGACUGGCUGAAACAGAGGGCAGAUCUAGUCUAGUGAUGUUAACAAUGUAUUUAAUUGACAUUUCUUUUUUGUAAUGUGACAAUAUGUGGACAAAGAGGAAGGUGGAGGUUUUAAGAAGUUAAUAUUUAUAAAAUGUGAAAGACACAGUGACUAGGAUAACUUCUUCUUGGGGACAGGGAGGGUGGGAAGGGGCUCGGGGUGGAAUUCUUGGGGUUUUUUUUUUGUUUCUGCAGUUUUAUUUUGGCCUGGCCAAUAACUUAGUCAUUUUCUGUGUACCAGGUAUUGCCUGAAACAUGUGCAGAUGAUAAAAAAGAAAAAAAAAAGAAAAAAAAAAAGAAAAAAGGAAAAAAAAUUCAUUUUCUAUAAUGAUUCUGUGUUAGGCCAGAACUUGGUUAUGUCACAGUAUUAGCACUGCCUCAGUUAAAGGUUUAAUUUUUGUUUAAACCUAGAAGUGCAACAACAGUUUUACCACAGUCUGCACUCGCAGAACUAAAAAAAGAAAAAAAAAAAGAAAUAAAAUCCAAACUACGUAUGUUUAUUUUUUGUGCCUACCUCAUUGUUUUUAAUGCAUAAAAUAAAAGAGGUGGUUUAGUUUAUACGUUUUUAGAUGAAAACCAUUAAUGUCUAAUUUAAUCUUAAUACCAAAACUACCAGAUUGAAAGGUUUCUGAC